AUGCAGGCCUCCGCGCUGCAGAGCAUCUCGCGAUGCUAUCGCCUGGGUCUCCGUCGCCCGGCGCGCGAGUUCCCGGCGCGCGGGUUCCAGUCCGCCAGGCCCCGUCGAUGGAUUGGCGCGUCGGCGGCGGCGGGCGGGGCGGAUGGGGGCACGGCGGUGGAGGACACCCCGGCGACGAAGGGGGGGAAAGGGGGCAAGCGCGACCUCCAGGAGGCGUACAGGGAGGUGCGCGAGAUGCUCACCGACCCGUCGCGCCUCGUCCGCGCCGUGGCGUCGGGCAAGGCGAAGGGGGCCGACCCGGAGUGGCGCCGGCUCGAGAUGCGACCCGUCGCGCUCAAGGGGGGGGUCAAGCUGCAGGUGGUCAAGUACGACGAGCGGCAGGCGUUCACCUCCAACCACGCCUACGCCGGGGCGACUCCCUCGGCUCCCCGGGGACGCCGGGGUCGACGCGCGACGGGGGGUGGCGACCCGUCCCGAACCGCCAAGAGCCCACCCGUGGACGCGGACGAAGCCGUCGACGAGGCGCUGCGAUGCGGCUUUGGCCACUGGCGCGUCGAGACGUGCGAAGAGGUGCUCUCGCUGAGGGUGACCAAAUCGGGCGAGGCCGCGGUCAGCCGCUCGCGAUCGUUGCUCGCGAACGCGAACAAGGGCGGCGGCGAUAACGCGGCGGCGACGAACCGCCCGCUCGCGCACGACAGGCAAAAGCGUAGGCUCCUGUCCCCGUCCGAUCCGUUUCUCGUGCACGUCGGCGUCAGCACCAAAGAUGGCGCAUCCAUCAAAGCCGACCGCAGGGACAAGUACAAGCAGGUGGAGGAGUUCCUCCGGCUAGUGGACGCCGCCGUGGCUGACGCGAGGACGGGCGGGCACAUGAGCCACGGGAGCAGCGAACGGCCGACGCGGCUGGUGGACCUCGGAUGCGGAAACGCGUACCUCACCUUUGGAGCGUACGCUUGGCUCAACCGAACCCAAGGGCAGCCGCUCGAGGUGGUGGGGGUGGACGUGAAGCGUCAGGCGCGGGAGACGAAUCGUCGCGUGGCUGCCGCGCUGGGGUGGGAGAGGGACUGCGUGUUCGUGGAGGGGACCAUCGCGGGGGCGUCGCUCGCGUUUCCGACGCCGAGAGGCGGCGACGGGGGCGACCAGUCACCGGGCAAGUCGGAGCCGCCCGAGGUUGACAUCGUGCUCGCGCUGCACGCGUGCGACACCGCGACGGACGAGGCGCUCGUCCGCGCGGUUCGAUGGAACGCGCCCCUCACGCUCGUCGCGCCGUGCUGCCACCACGAUCUCCAGACGCGGGUGCGGGAGAAUACACAGCUGGCGCCUUCGCUCGCGCCGACGCUCCGCCACGGCAUCCUUCGCGAGAGGCUCGGCGACGUCCUCACGGAUGCGUUCCGCGCGCACGUCAUGCGACUGCUGGGGCACAGGGUGGACGUGGUGGAGUGGAUCGGCGGGGAGCACACGCCGCGGAACACCAUGAUCCGCGCGGUGCGGACCAACGCGCGAGCCGCGCCCGAGCUGUGGAGAGAGUACGACGAGAUGCGCGAGCUCUGGGGGGUGACGCCGUGGCUCGCCGAGGCGCUGGCACCGGAGCUCGCUGCGGCGAGGGAGGAGGCGAUGCGGGACCCGGUGCCCGUCGCCGCGGACGGCGAGGUGGAACGGUAG